AGUAAUGAGCAGUGCUUUGUACAGUUCACAAUGUCGUGGUUAGUUUACUUAUUUUUCCUACAUCUGAUAACUCUUUACAACUCGUACGUAGCCGAAUAUACCUCUGCGUAUCCUGAGACAGGAUCUGACUUCGGUAUACUGCCAGAUAGAAGCAACAGGGUCGAGGAUAUUUACCUACGAUUUUAUAAUGGAAAUUCUGCCACCGAAUAUGUGGACAUCCCGCUAUCUCAAGCAUCCCAAAUUCUGGACACAAAAGGUUUCAACAAAAACAACCCCACCGUUCUGUACUUUCAUGGAUUUAUCGAAACGGCACAGCAGGAAAGUGUCCAGGUCGUAGCAAAUGCAUAUCUAGAAGCGAAACCAGACACAAACGUCGUCCUACUUGACUGGUCAAACAUGUCGCAUGGAUCUUACUUGGUCAACGCUGUUGGAAAUACGAAAAAGGUAGGAAUCACGACAGCAGAACAUCUUAAAACUUUGUUAGAUAGCGGACUACUUUUGGAUAAACUUCACCUUAUAGGACACUCUCUUGGCAGCCAUGUGGCGGGAUAUACUGCUAGAGAACUGAAAAAUAAAUAUAAUAAAAUUAUUAAAAGAGUAACAGCACUCGACCCUGCUUUUCCAGCGUUCUACCCCGAUGGAGUUGUGAUGGAACACAUAAAUGAGAAGGACGCCGAGUUUGUCGACGUCAUCCAUACAGAUGCUGGUGGCUACGGUGCGCCUGUAAGGACGGGCACCGUGGACUUCUGGCCUAAUGGUGGCAAGAGCGUACAACCAGGAUGUCCAAGAUUUGCGCCUAUACCGCUUACAGAUGACAAUUUAUGUAGUCAUUGGAGAUCGUGGCGAUUCUACGCGGAAUCAGUACGAAACCCUGAGGCGUUUCCAGCGUCUCCUGCGAGUUCGUACCAGAAAUUUAGGGAAAAUCCUACGCCGGAGGUUGGAAUGAUUUACAUGGGAAUUAACUGUGAUACUAGUGCCCGAGGUUCAUACUACCUGACAACGAAUUCAAAACCGCCGUUCGGUAAAGGCGUCGAUGGUCUAUACCCGAAAGGCAAGAAGAAUGUUGUGAAGAAUUCCAAGUAAUGUGCCUGCACAUUUAGUUAUUAAGAAAAGUCCAAUUAUCACAUCUCUAGUAGGUAGUAAUUACCGUUAGUGGCAUAGUAAAAUGAUUUAUAUGAUUUUGGAAUACGAUCUGACGAACAUGACAACUAAAUAAUUACUUUUAACAUUGUUUUGUUUCUUGACGAUUAAUCUAAGCGCACUAUUGUAUAUUUCUGAUACUAUUGCAGAAAUAAACUUAGCGUGCUAAUAUUUUAUGGUUAUAGUACUAAUUAAUUAGGACGUUUAGUAGCAGAUACUAAUAUUAUUAUUAUACACUCUGAUUUUGUAAGCAUCAUGUAAUGCCUGCAGAUGUUUGAUUUCUAUUGUUAAAGACAAUAAAAAUAACAGAUUUUGUUUUCAAUGUAAUCGACAAGUGAUAUUGUGUAAACAGUUAUAUCAAUAUUCUAAGAUAUUAAUUACCUACUAGUGAAAGAAAUUAUCAUGGCUUCCUCACAUGUAAUUUAACCAUUCGUAUAGUUGUUAAUUAUCCGUGCAACUAUUAUGUUAAAAAUUGUGGCCAUCCAUACUCUCCAUUAACUAAUAGAGAGUAGGUAUGGUCAUAAUAUUAAAAUAUAGUGUCAAAUUUAUAAAGUGUUAACAGAAUACGAUAUUAUUUUCUUAUGUGAAUAUAAAUACUGAAAAUUAUUGUGGACGUAAGUAGAAAUAAAAAUUUCAACAGAAGAUGAUAGAAUGAUAAAUAGAUUUAUAUUUCUGAUUAUAUGAUAAUUUCGUGUUGGCAUUAAAUAUAAAACAAUUAUCUAACUAAUAAUUAGCAUAUUAACCUCCAUUCUAUUUUCUAAUUUAUUAUUGUGUUUUAAAGUCAAUCGUCCGCAUACGUCUCCAAACUCCAAUAAGUCUCCAUUAAUCUUAAAAUAAAAUAUAUAUUUGAUAGCCUCAGUUAAUUUCU